UUCAAACUGACCAAGGGCCAUAAAGAUUGGGCGUCCUAUGCCAGUCUUUCCCAGAGGUCCAGUAAACUCUUUGCUAGUGAUAAGAAGGGGUCAACCAAAGACUGGAAGCCUUUCUUUGUCUUCGUUUCGACGGGGCCCGAAUCUCCUUUCACGGGUUCAGGGCGCCCUUCCUUCCGUCGCAUCCCACGCCCCCCACCUGGUGCCACCCUUUUGUCUAUCACUCGCCAAUUCUGCAAUAAGGGAGUUAUGAACAUCAAAGAGGUGGUGACAGAGGAAACCCUUGCCGGGUCUGGGUUCGAGUUUGUCCAGGAUGAGCUCUGCCACCAACCCGACCUACUGAGGGACAUCCCCGGGGGGCAUCAGCCUGACCAGCUGAAGGACAUUCCUGAGGAAGGUCUUGACUGUGGUCCUUUUGUGGAAUUACAAGAUUCAGGAGAGGAGAUGGACAGUGAUCUCCUGCUCAGUCGCUUCACUGCAGGGAGGAAAAGGAAGAGAGAGACAAAGGGCCAGGGCAAACGUUCUUCAUCUCACCACGAGGAGGGUCCUUCUCGAGUGCCGGCUGUAAUUGUGGUGGAGGACCAAGAAGAUGCUACCCAGGAACCGGGUACCAUGGCUGGCCAAUCCCCUCCACACCCCGUGAUGCAGGGUGGUGAACUCGUUGGGUCGUCUCAGGGCAUUGCCUUGGAGCGACCUCCAUCACCACCCGCAGUGACCUACGAGGUAGCGACCGGGGGUCGCUCGACGAGGCUCUGCAUCCCUCCCCUGCCCCAAAGCCUAGGGGACGUACAGCUGGAGACCCUUAUCACUCUGCCUGCAAAAGACCGGGCUCGUAUCUCGGCAGGCUCCGAGGACGACCUCGACAACAUGGUCCUUUUGAGACUCAGUCAGGCUACGCUGGGGAUGAUUGAGGUGGUCGGCCGGAAACGGGGUCGCCAGGCCGCCGCGGACGAGGCGAUGAAAGCAGCCGAGGCCAAGCAGAAGGAGCUGCAGGAGGAGGUCGCUCGACUCACCAGGGAGUUGGAGGAGAAAGAAGAUCGCUGCGCGGCGCUUGCUAUGGAGAAAGCUUCCCAGGAGAACCGCUGCGUCGCCCUUGAGGCAGACAAGGCCUCCUUGUCCUUGGAGGUAGAAUCUGUUUCUGCUCGAGUGGUCGAGCUGGAAGGGGAGAAACAUGACCUGAUCCAGCAGUUGGAGGUGGAGAGGAGCGAUCGGGUCCGCCAUGCAGAGGGAGCGGUAGAAUCCUUCAAGUCCUCUCCU